GGAGAAAAGUUAGCAACCCUGAUACAAACGACAGUGUCGCAACGAAGCGGAAGAUUCUUUUUAAUUUCUCUUAAACUGGAAAUAUGGCUUUGACGGUUGCCAAAAAAGCCAAAGGCUCAAACAGCAAAAAGCAAGCCCUUCGGGGUAAGGGCCAGAAGAAGAAAGUGUCAGUCAAAUUUACGAUCGACUGCACGCAUCCUGUGGAGGAUAAUAUUAUGGAUGUAGCUAAUUUUGAAAAAUACCUCCAAGAAAGAAUAAAAGUAAGCGGGAAGACAGGUAACUUUGGAAACAAUGUUUCCAUUGAGCGUAACAAAAUGAAGCUUUCAGUUAACAGCGACAUUGAUUUUUCUAAAAGGUAUCUUAAAUAUUUAACGAAGAAAUAUUUGAAGAAGAACAAAUUGCGUGACUGGUUACGCGUAGUGUCUCAAGAUAAGGAGACAUACGAAUUAAGAUACUUCCAGAUUAACAGUCAAGAAGAUGACGAUGAGGAGGAUGCAGAGUAAAGUUUUUAUUACAAUCUAUUGCAGAUCAAUCUGUAUAUAUUAAUUAAAAUAAAAUCAGCAAAAAAUUCA